UCUGGAUCAGGCUCUUCUACAUGAUUCUACUCCAUAUACUUCUUUUUUUUAAGAAACAAACCUGUCUUUGCAACAUCAGUCAAGGUGUAAAACAGGAAAUGAAGAUCCAAUCAUUGGUGCUUCUGCUCUUGGGUUCAGCUUUUGCUGCCCCAGUAACAAGCAGCCCUCAUGGACGACACCAUGUUGCAUCCAGUCUUCUGCUGCAGCAGCAACAAAAGGAGGAAGAUAAGCCACCAGCACCAGCUGACCAGGAUGCACUGCCUGGUCAACCAGACAAUAAUGGACAACAGGAGAGAACCCAAGAUGAAAGUCUGCUUGAAGCUGGAGAAAACAGCAAGAAAGUCAAUGAUGAUAGCAAGGGCAGAAAUGAAAAUGGCUCCCAAGAAAGCGAUGGCAUUAGCAGCCAUGAAGAGGGUUCUGAUUUGACUGAAUAUCAGGACAGUGAUGCAGGGAGCCAGAAAGUCCGUUCUAGUGAGGAUGAAGAGGAGGCCAGAGAACACAUUAAUGACCAGGACUUUACAUCAAAGGAAGAACAGGCAAAUGAUGAGGUUCAACAAAAUGAUGAUUAUACCUUUGAAAAUGUGGUGAACAGUACAGAUAUACGAGAGGAAGAUAAUGAAAGCCAAGAAGAAAGUCAGGACCAAGACGAUAACAAAGGGACUAAGACAAUGGUAGAAGCGCAAGAGGAUGAAGGUGAAAAGCAAGAAGACAAUAGCAGAAGCCACCAAGAUGAAGCAGUUCAGGAUGUGACAGACAGCACACAGGAGAGCGAGAUUAGCAGUAAUGACAGUGCAGACCCAUCAAAGGAUAAUGUUAGCAAGAAAAAUAAAAAUGUACAAGCAAAAAAAGCUACAGAGCAAGGCAAUGGCCACCAGGAGCUGCCAAAGAGUGAUCAAAAUGAACAGCUGGAAGCGAGUGACAACACAGUCGAGAAAAGCAGAAAGAGGAAAUAUGGAAAACAGGCUUCAGUAAUUGGCAUGAAUCCUGUACUGAUCAGAGCGACAGAGGAUCUGUAUCCCCAAGAUGGCCUUGCCAGGACUGUAAAUGUGCAGGAAGCACUUAUCAAUCCUUGUGAAGGCAUUCGCUGCAAGCGAGGCAAGACCUGUAAAGCAAAUGAGGAAAACAAGCCAGAGUGUGUCUGUCAGGAUCCUAGCUCUUGCCUUCCCAGCGUGAAUGAGUUUGAGCAUGUGUGUGGAACUGAUAACAAGACCUAUGACACUUCCUGCCAACUAUUUGCAACUAAAUGCAGUCUUGAAGGCACUAAAAAGGGACACAGACUUCACCUGGAUUACACUGGGUCUUGCAAAUACAUUGCUCCCUGUCUGAAUGAUGAGCUGGCACAGUUCCCUCUCCGUAUGCGUGACUGGUUGAAGAAUGUUUUACUGCAGCUGUUUGAGCUUGACAUGAAAACUCCUGGCUUUCUAACAGCAAAGCAGCAUCUUAGGGCCCAAAAGAUAUAUGAGAGCCAGAGGCACCUUCAAGCUGGUGACCACUCUAUUGAGCUGCUUGCCAGGGACUUUGAGAAAAACUACAACAUGUAUAUCUACCCAGUGCACUGGCAGUUUGCACAGAUGGACCAACACCAGGCGGACAGGCACCUCAGUCACUCUGAACUGGCUUCGCUGCGUGCUCCUCUCAUUCCUAUGGAGCACUGUACCUCACAAUUCUUUCAAGAGUGUGAUGCUGAUAAGGAUAAACAGGUCUCUUUCAAAGAAUGGUGCUACUGCUUUGGCAUCAAAGAUGAGGACAUGGAUGCCAACCUCUUAUUCUGAAGUGCUGCAAGUGAUGUCGACACAACUGCCAUUAAAUACAUCUUUCAGCAUUGAAUUUAAACUGUGUAGCCAUCGUACUGUGUGAUUGUCAAUAAAUACAGUGCCUUGCGAAAGUAUUCGGCCCCCUUGAACUUUGCGACC